CCACCACCUCAGGUAUUCUGGGGCCCUGGUACUCCUAAAACACUGAAGAGGAAAACCCACAAUACCCUGAAGGCACACCACCACCUCACGGGUUCUAGGGCCCCGGGUGCUCCUAAAACACUGAAGAGGAAAACUUACCACUUGCUGCUGUCACUCCUGGCGGCGACGGGCGUUCCCCAAGGAGGCUCCCUGGCGCUCCCUCCACCCGCCGCACCGUGUCGUGAGGGCGGCAGCCAACACAGCGGCGAGGGGUGCUGCUCCCUGUGGUCAAUGCUGAAUUUUUCCUGAUUUCCUCCCGAACCAAAACCAAUUGCCAUACUUAGGAUGAGCUCAUUCCGUGAGGCAGAGGAACAGAGGGAAGCACCAGCAGCCAAUCAGUGGUGUUGGCAGCGUCUCUCCCCUAAUCAUUUGGAUCACAGACAGCGGGUGCCCACUGCUAUUACCCUUCAUCGCCUGGUGCCCCAUCCUCCCCCAUCCCUCCACCAGGCUGACAACACCACUACCUCCAGGUCUACAUUUAAGUACAUUACCCCUGAAGAUAUAAAAACAGCACAGAUCAAAGCCAGACAGGAGAUUCUGGCCUCCAAGCAGGUUUCCCUUGCAUCACCACCACCCCCACCAUCCUCGGACACCAGAGCUCCACCUUUAUCCAAGAACAAGAAGCAGUCCCACAAGAAAGAGAGCCCAGGAUCCCGGCCAUUCUUUCCCUGUCGACUGGAUAAUGGAGAAACUGGACUACGCCGCCGGCAGCUCAUCAGACUCCUUUCUCAGAUCUCACAGACUCUUGGGGACUUGCAGGACCUGAAGGACUCCCGUGGAAAGGACUUUGUAACUCCACUUGACUUGGAAAUUAAGAGACAGCGCUGGACUGAAUGUGUACGGUCACUGCGUCGCUCUCUCUUUGCCCUCAAGCAGGAGGUGGUCAUCCUGGAGGGAAAACGUGGUCAUGGGAAGAGAAAUAGCCGAUAUCUGAGGGCACUUGCAGCCACGGCUCGAACCCUAAACAUACAGUUGAUGGCACUGAAGUCGCAGGCGGAGUCCAGUGGUGGAGAACUGCCUUGGACGGAAGUGUUCAGAGAGUUUCUGGGUGUGGCCCACAGGGUGUUGGUCCUCACUGCCAGUGUGGGUGUCCAACCUCCACCAUCCUCACUCAAGUGGGCCAGAUCACCUCAGAAAGGGGCAAGUCUUGCUCCUGAUGACAGCAGUGGUUUGGAAUCUACCUUGUCCAUCCUUGAUGCUGGCCCAACCAGUGUUCCCCUCCUACAGUCUAAGCAUGUGAGAAACAGGCUUGCCUCACUUGCAGCACUGCACCUGAAAAGGAAAAAAGAGGAAGGUGAUGACAAGGCAACCAACUGGACCUCAGCUAACAAGAUCCCCACCCCCAAACCCUCAGCCCCUAAGACCAGCUUCCGAGCCUCUCAGUCUCUCAGAACUAGUCCUUCAGGAAAACCCAAUCCCUCACCCCAACAAACUAAUAUUUCAACUUCACCUCAGCCUACAAGUUUCCAGACUAAUAAUUCAGCAAUAGACCCCCAGCCCUCACUCUCCCAAACUAAUAUUUCAUCCAUUCAGCCCCAGCCCUCACCCUCCCAAGAUAAUAUUUCACCUCCUCAGUGCCAGCUCCCACCUCCCCAAAAUGAUAAUACUGAAGCUCCUCAUCCUCCCUCUUCAUCUCAUGAGAGAAACAACCUGAUGCCUCAGACCAGUCCUUUAGCACCAGACCUCACUCAACAGCUGUCAUUUCUGCUGGAAAAAGUCUGCAGAAUAGAAGACAACAGAAGAAGAACUGAAGCCCUCAUCUCAGAAGCACCUCAGAUCUGUCAGUCUCAGAGUGUCAUACCAAGUUUGGCUUGUGCUGUGCAGCGGGCCAAACUGGCACUGGCAUCAGUUACAGGCAGUGCACCAUACUCUCAAGUUCCUCUUCCCAAAAAUGAAGGGUCUUACACUCCUGGUAAUCCUCUCUUCGGAGGUACUGGCUUAUCCCCUAAAGUCUCUAAAGAGGGUUUGGUGAGGGCCUCUUCACAUCCUGCAAUACAAGAUCAUAGUACUGAAGAAAUUGAGGAAACUGCUAAUCAAUUUGGGAUAAAGUGGCUGGCUGGGGAUAGUGUGACAGACCAGGUGAGACGACAAAAGGAAAAGUUUUGGCUCUCCCUUGCUGAGCGGGGUUAUGUUAGACCACCAGAAAGCUUACCUCUCAGUGAAGAGGAGGCGAGUGUUAAGGGUACUGUUAACAGUGCUUCAGAAGAAAGGGCCAGAGAAGAGUUUGUCAGGACUUCGAAGAAAACUGGUGUGCCUAUUGAACCUUCACAAAAAAAUGCUGCAUCCAGGGCAGAGUUACCUGUGUAUCAACAAACUUCAAAGUACCUUACAAAGCAGACCCAAUGCUCACAUACAAGUGGAUCAUCAUACUCUUCCAGUCUCAGUUCUAAUCCCAAUAGUAGGACCCAGCAAAGCUCCCCUGAGAAGCAUUCAAAGCCUAGCAUCACUGCUGGCAAUAAGACCAAGUCUCACUCUAGUGAGGAACAAAUUCAGCAAAGUAUGUGUGUUGAUAGCAAUACAUCCUCCAGGACAGCCAGCACUACUGAGUCACAUACCUUUCCAUCCUAUGAAGGAAUUAGCAGCCAUGAAUGACUUAUCAGUGUGAUUAAACCAAAUAUUAUUACACAUAAGAUUGUUAGCCAGUAUAUUGUAGCCAAAGGUGGGCAUUCCACAAUUUAGGUCCACUAAUCACUAAUCCACAAAUAGUGGACUAACAAAAAAAUUGCAGAAUAGCGUUAGUGGAAAAUUUGAAAAAUUAACGGAUUUGCAGUUAGCGGAAUGCCAAAAUUGUUGUCCACUGACGCAAUUUUUCAAAAAACGCCAAUAAUGAAAUUUCUGGGAAAUUCAAGAAUAUUCUUGAAAGUGUGGAGAAACUUCUAGAUUAGGGUGGCCAGACGUCCCAAAUUUUAAUGGUUCGUCCUGGAAAUAAAAUUGUCCUGGAUUUCAUGCACUGCCGCAGAAAAUGUUUUUAUUAAAGCGUCCCGGAUUUCACUUCCAGAAAUCUGGCCACCCUAUUCUAGAUCUGUCUGACACACAGCAGGUUUGUGCAGCAUGCAGGCAGCAGGCUGCAUGGGCGAGAAUAUUCUAGAACUGUCUGUUGCGCAGCCGGCCUGUCGCAGCAGCCUGUGUGGGAGGCAGUUUACAUUAACUCGCCGAGUCUUAGAGACGUAUUCCUUGCAGUAUUUGUAUUUGAUUUAUUUUGAUAUUUUCACAAUGAUUUACAUUUAAAAAAUAUACAAAAUAAAUAAAUAUAUAAAUUGUAAGGUAAUUUUAUUGGAAAUUGUGGUUUGAACUACCAAUAAAGGGUUAGCGGACUAAAAAAUGAUUAGCGGACUGUUGUGGACUUCAUUAGUGGACUAAAAAAAUGUAUUAGCGUUAGCAUUAAUGGAUUUGUGAUAGCGGACCGGCGAAGCCAGAAAAUUUGUGGAUUAACGAUUAGUAGAAUGCCCAACAAAGUUAGUGGAAUUGCAAUUUGUAGACUAACAAAAAAUUAGCAGGUACCCACCUCUGAUUGUAGCUCAUCAUUUUGAGGAUAAAUUUAUAAUGAAAGUGUGGGUCACCUAUGAAGCCAUUAUUAGUAGAGAGCUUCAGUUACCCAAAUUACCAGGAUAGGGGGAGCAAUUAUGACAGUAGUGUAACGGAAAUGCUGUACAGUUAUACCUCAGUUUACGAGUUUAAUUUGUUCUAGAAUUUUGCUCAUACACCAAAACACUCGUAAACCAAAACGAAUUUCCCCAUUGAAAUUAAUGUAAAUCCCAUUAAUUCGUCCCACAUCUCAAGAAAAAUAUUUAUUUAAAAUCAUUUUACAUGUUAUUUUAUCCUCAAUUAAAGUAAUUUUUUCUAACUAUAAUAGCAAUAAUAAAUAAUAUAAAACACAAAUCAAUGUGUUACAGUUGUUAUGGAGACUCCCGCAACCACUCAUUACGCUCGAGGUGUAGGCUUCGCACCGGGGUUUAGAAGCUGCAGUUGCCCUAUUCUCGAGGCACCGGAACUACUUUCGACCACCAACAUGAAACUAACCCGACAUAUCGUCUCAGAGAGAGGGUGAACUGAAGUCACAGUCACGUCCAGCAGGGCAUACAAGCCACCGAGGCUCGCACCCUGUUCCUGUUGUGAGCAUAGUAUCCGCCGUUCCUGUUUUCUUCUGUGCAGCGCCAUCCCUUUUAACCAUCUUUCUUGGGGAUAUUGUUAAAGCACAAACAAUGCACACUGUAGUGCUGAAAACACUAAGAUCGCAUACCAAAGCACAAAUGCAAUCAGACACAAGUGCACGGAGACUGAGACUAGGGUUGCCAACUUGCCACCCUUUCCUUAAAAUAUGGAAUGCUAUUUGUUUUGUAUUUGGCUGUCUGAAUGGUUUAGCAGAUAAAAUUCAGUAUUUUAAAACUGGAGUGAGUGCAUUUUUCAGUGAACCACAAAACCAGUCCAUAAUAUUAUGCUUGUCAAGUGUCGUCCUGAAAUACGUGAAAAAUACGCGUCAUAACGUCCCUCCCCCUUUCCUCCUGUCUUCACCAGCAGCGGCUGCCAGUCAUGGCAGGCUAGAGGAAGUUUAGGGUUGCCACCUGUUCCUUAAAAUAUGGAUUUGUUUUGUAUUGGAGAAUGGGAUGUUGCAUUCCUUAUUUUUCUAAGCUCAAGGUGGCAACCCUAACUAAGACUAUUCCCGUUGUUCUCCUCUUUGAGCACUCUCAUCUUGCAAUGAAUAAAGGGAACACUCGCUCAUGUCUUCAACUUAAAAAAAAUUAAAAAAAUUAAAAAUAAAUAAAUAAAAAAAUGCUCGUCCUCGUCGAAAGACCAACUGGGUCGGCUAGGCUGACAUUAGCUGAUAGUCGGUCAGUCAGCAUCGUCCCCUCCCCUUCAUGAGCCGUCCACUGGCAAGGGUCUGUGGUUUCUCCUCAGAGAGACGUACGCGUUUAACCCUGACGGCCUCCAUAUAGCCAAUAUCCCCACCCUUGUGAAAAAAAAAGACGUACAAACAGGAUGCUCGUAAACCAAGGCAUGUUUUGCGAUUUUUUUGCUCAUAAAUCAAAACACUCGUUAACUAAGGCAUUUGUAAACCGAGGUUUGACUGUAUAUGUAAAUUAAAGUUAACACUGCCGGGGUGUAGUGGUUAGCACGCCUAGGUUUCAAUCUGUGGGCCCAGGGUUGAUCUCAGUCAGAGGCAGUCAGUGCACAGCUCACCCAGCUUUUCAUCAUCCUUUACAAGUUAGAAAAUAAAAAGGUACCUUGUGAAACCUCAAAGGGAAAACUGUCGUAACCCAGAUGCCACACUCGCCCUGUGUCCCAGGGUAGUAUGGGCUGUUUGUUGGGUGUGUCAGUUAUUCAAAGGAAGAUCAGCAUCCAGUGUAGUCUUGUCCCCUUAACACUUGUGAAUGUGGGGGUCACCUGUACCUUAAAUGAUAUGGUGGAUUACUCUAUAUCUCAGUUUUGUGGACUAUUCCACUGAAUUUAACAAAAAGUAAUAUAUAAAAUGCUCUGCUAAAAUGAUUAUCCACUAAAUUGAGUUUACUAUAUAUGGCUUUGAAAUCAAUCAACAACUGUUUAAGAAUUAUAAUUGUUUUUACAAAUGUACACAUUUGAACAUCAUUUUGUAGAUAUGUGUAGAGGGCUGGAGACUGAACAUGUAUUCAUUUUAAUAUUUGGUAGUUUGUCACUCCAAUUUACAUAUAUACAUGUUUACAAAUAUUACUACAGAUCUGUAUGUAGAGAUUAUGCAGUAGGUUUGAAUAUAAUCAAUACAAAUUUAUUUGUAUUGAUUAUAUUCAGUGGCAUUAUAUACAGUGGUUAUUUCUACCCACUGUAAAAGUCUGGACAGCAGCAGUGCCUAUUCACCAGGCAGUCUGCCACCAUAAAACAUUCAAGUGCCUCAAUGUAAGUGUGUGCACUUUGUACACUAAAGAUGAAAAUACUGACAAUAUAAGAGAAAAAUUAUAAGGCAGAU